AUGAUGGACGUGCUGGACGGUGUGGAUACGAAUAAGUUCAAGAAGCUGUGGCGUCAGCUCGUAAAGGACGGCUGGAAGGCAAGGCCGCCGACGGGGCUGAACGUCGGGCACACGGACGAAAUACCGAUGGCAAAUAAGGUGGUGGGUCUGGCGGUGUUACUCCUGUGGUUACAGAGCAAGGUGGUGGGCAUGGCGGUGUUACUCCUGUGGCUACAGAACAAUGUCAUCGGUCUGAUCACAGUUCUCCGUCUGGUACAGAACAAGCUAGACGACCAGAUCACAGUAACAGUUCUCCAAGACGACGACGAAAUGAAAGGGCUCGAGUGGGAAGUCUUCGAUCAAGAUCAUUGCGAUAUGGCACUCGUCAAUGGCUUCACUCUUCACAGGAUGGCAAUGGAGCGGAAAGGCAAGCGUGCGCCCAAGCACGCGGAGUACAUGCGGCAGCUUCACGUGGAGUUACUUGCAGUUACAGCUAUAAGCUUCCGUACCAACCGACACGCAGAAGAUUUGGCGAGUGUGCGACCGGAAAUCUUGACCACGUGCUGCGCAGCACUGAUGAACUAUACAAGGCUAAAUCCUGCAAGAGCAAAGGGAAGAGCAAAAGCCGACAGCAUCUCUGCAAGUGGGGCUGCUACUCCGGCACAUCUGCGGGGGCGAACUCGCCUACGGAAGCGAAAGCUGGAGGAGCUUAGUGAGGAAGACAGCGAUAACGAGUAG